GAGACGACCAAAGAACAAGUCAGGGGCUGAGAGCUCAUUCAAAGUGCUUUCACCAGAGCCCCCAGGCUGAGAGCAAGAAAGAAGAACUUCUGUCCCAAGGAAAGUGAGGCCAAGGACAUAACUGGAGCCAACAUUUGCUUCAAGUUCCUGCGGCUGCUGACAACGUGCAGGACAGUGAUGGCACCUGGCAGAGGUUGCUUGGCCCUGGCCACUCUGCUGGCAAUUGUGGACAUCCAGCUUGGCGGGUGCAUGCACAUCCAAAGCUCAUUUCACCAGGAAGGAAAACGACUAAGCUUGAUCUGUACUUUGCAGUAUAAGAAAGAAGAGGCUGAGGGGGUUGUAGUGUUUUUGUGCAAGGACAGGUCUUCGGACUGUUUCCCCGAGACCAGCUUAGAGCAACUGAGACUUAAACGGGAUCCUGGGAGAGAUGGUGUCAGUGAAAGAUCAUCUAAGUUGGUGUUCACCAUAAACCAAACCACACCAUCGGACAGCGGGAGGUACCAGUGUUGUGCCACAAGCCAGAAGCCAGAAAUCCGCCUUCAGGGCCACUUUUUCUCUGUUUUAGUCACAGAGGCAGGGAACCACACAGUGAAAGGAUUGAAACAAACAGGGCACCCCGCGUUCAGUCGCAGUAAAGGCGCUCUCGGUUCAGACUUCCUGCGAGAAAAAGCCUGGGUGAUGCUCGUCACCGGCCUGGUGGCCCUUCAAGCUUUGUAAGCCUUGUGCCAGAAACUUUAAAAGAACAAGUUCCAGCAAGAUAAACCUCUUUACCUUGCUACCUUUCACAUUACAGCAUACACGGAGAUGAAAACAGCACAGGGGAAGAGAUGCUAAAUACGCCAAGAAUCUGGGAAAUAUAAGGUGGGACAAAUAAUGUAUUCCUUGACCUCCCCAUCUCACUGCCAUAACAAACCUGCCUUUCUUCCCACCUCUGUAACCACUCAAAAAAGAAAAAAAAAGAACAACUUUUACAAAAGUAGCUGGCGGACAGUUCUCACUCAAAUAUUGGAUUAAGUAUGUGGUACGUGUGUUUUUGUACUGAAGAAAAAGUUUUCCUCCCCCCUUCCUCCAACACAGUAAAAUAAACAAGCAAGCCAAACAAAAUGAGAACACCAAUUCUUUUUGAAGAAACUUUUAUUUAGCACUAGAAAGAAGAGAGAAGAAACAAGCAAAGAUAGGUAGGGCAGGAAACCUGAGAGCCCGAGCCAGUGACUGACUUGGCAAGAAAGUGAAGAAACGGAGAGACCCUGGCAUUCAACAGCAUCCCCAGUGUGGCUAGAGGAAGAGGAAGCUCUGUGUGCCCAGGUGCACCACACAGCAGAACGCCCAGCUCCAACUGAGUACCCGUCAGCCUCUUUGGUCAUAUCUCUUUCCUUUUAAAUAAAUGCCCAGAGUGAUAUUUGCAGCCUUUUCUUUUCUCCUAAAUUCACAAAUCCUCUUGUCGUUCUCUUUGGACGGAUGACCUCUUGUCAUAGUUAAAUGGGGGCAGGGUGAGGAGAGGAGGUGGACAACGACAGGGUAGUCCUGAGAGGAGGAACUACAUGAACCAAGAGAUUAAGACACAGACAAUUUAAUUGGAGCUAAACAGCAAGCCAGCAAAAGGAAACAGGACACCUUACCUGUGAUCCUUGGCCAGGACCUGCCAAAUGUGGGAGCGAAGGUUUGUGGGAAGAGAGAGAGAGAAAGGCUGAAAAAGAUGGGUUAGACCCUUAUUAGUGAUGGCGCAGACCCUCAAACUAAGGGCUCUGGGUUUUGUGCCUUAUGGAGGUAAAAAAGAGGAGGCAUGGAGUCAAAACACCUGGAUUCAAAUCCUGGCUCUUCAAUGUACCAGCUGUGUCCUUAGGCAAAUGAAGUUUUGAGACGCAAUUUCUGUCUACUUAUCUCUAAAUGGGAUCUUGCCUACUCUAUCUACUGUUUCUAUAGCAUUGCCCCGAGGAUCAAAUCUGAGAUUCUAGAUUUUAAACCCACAACCAUUUGAAUUCUGACUCCAAAGUCUCCAAAGCUUUCUCCAUUAAAUUAUGUUCACUUUAAUCUUUCUCUACCUGUUUUAUGUAGGUUUUGUUUCUAAAUUUUAAGCUCAUACGGGUGGAGAGGUCUUUUGCUAUUUACUAUUCAAAGAAUCUUCUGAAAUUUCCCAACAUUACACAAUCACUGGAAGUCUCACAAAGAAGCCACACCACAUCCUACUACAGAAAAUGUUCCAUCUAUUGUGCUAUACUAAUUAUAGUCUACACAUAAAAAUCUGCAGAAGGAUACAUGACCGCUGUCCAAGCUUGUUAAGACAUUCAAGAGCACUGGACUAUUAGCUCUAAGUAGAAUAAACAAAGCAACAGCAAGUCAGAACUCCCAUUUCUAAAGAAUUCAUUUUAUGUAUUCUGCUUAUCUCAAGACUUGGUCAAACAGAAAUGUGAAAUAUUCAUAUUCUGGCUUUAAAAAUUAUUGGUAUCACUGACUUCAAAUAAGCCUACAAAUUUCCAUGCAUGAAUAGGUAGUUUUCUGAACACACAUCUUAACCUCAAUCCAAAGGAGUGAUUCACAACCCAUUUGAACCUCUGUGGGGCCAUGGACUAUUAUAAGGAAUCUGUAUAAGCACUAUCUUCUGCCUGAAUAAAUAAUAUAUCUUACAAAUAUUUAUAUACUAUAUUUCAACUGGAUGUAGAUUAUGGUGUUACUAAUAAAGACAAACUGAUUUAAAAGCAUUACUGAUGGGUGCCUGGCUGGCUCAGCUAGAAGAACAUAUGACUCUUGAUCUCGGGGUCAUGAGUUUGAGCCCUACAUGGGGUGUAGAGAUUACUUUAAAAAAAAUUUUUUUUUAAAGCAUCACUGAAAUCACAGCAGCUUUUUGUUAUGUAUUUUUUCAUAAAAAAAUACUAAAAAUACAACUAUCAUCUUGUUGUGAGGAGUCUAAUAAUUUUUGGACCUUAAAAACAGUACACCUUAUUAGAAAAGGUAAAGAAACACAAGCCUACAUCCCAUGAAUCACAGAUACCCAGCUGAAAGAGGAAAGGCAACAAACAUAGACUCCACUUCUGUGGACACCAACUAAGUGCAUUCUGGCAAAACUUUAUAAGGUUUGUAUGUAUAUAAUCUUAGAGGUGAAUGCCUGUAAUUCCACUUAUCUGGCAGGUAUGAGAGAUCAAAACCUCAUGUCCUUUGGUUAAGACAAGGGCUCUACUUGGAUCCUAGAAAAUAUCUCCAGUUGUACACAUUGUAUUCUACACAUUCUACUUUAAACCCUGAGAGCAGCCCUGUGGUUCCUGGCCUAAGUGCUAAGACACUGACAUUACUGUUCGCUACAAUUUCCCCCCGCAGGGUGACCACUUGUGAUAUGUUCUCUCAACUUCCUGCCUCAGAACUUACAUGAGACUCAUUCUGGAAACUCUUAAUAAGAGUCUGCUCUCCAAACUCCCAAAUCCCUGUUGGUUUGUUCUGAUGAACAGCACUCUUAUCUUCCCACCUCCCUACCUCAGAAGCCAAAUAGUAGCUCAUGCUACUAUUUAUUCAUCAGCCCUGUUCCUCCUCCUAAAAUCUGUUUUCCUUCACAGAUGUCACUGGCCUGCCUAGACCAGCUCUUAACAACCAACUCUAAAGAGCUCCCUCUUCCAAAAAGCCCAAAAGGCUAUUCUAUUGUUGUUUAAAACAUACACAAACUAUGGUUCCCCUCCAGAUUAGUUUUUGUUAAGACUGAUAUCAUUUGUAUUCCUUGAGGAAAGAGCACGUGGAUACCAGAGUGAAAGAAACCGAAGCAUGCAGAAGGUCAAGAGAAAAGUCAAUUUGGUAACAGUAAUUUCUAAAAAAAUUUUUUUAAAAAUUUAAAAAGCAAUAGAUAAUUGCAUUUGAGUUCAACUAAUUAUACUACAGAAACAGAGGAUAAUAGCUACCCUCAAAGCCAUUUUUUCCCUCAAUCCUUAGAAAUGACUAGGCUUUUACCUCCAGUGAAUCCCUUACCCACACACUAUAUAGCAGGGUGUCUGGUUGGCAGCCAACCAACAGUGCCCCCUUAGCAGAGAACUAUGGAAACACAAGGGCCUACAGUGAGAGAAUCGGACUGAGGCUCCAGCCCUCUGCUGUACUGCUAACUUUACCCCCAAUAGCCACCACAUCCCUUUCUUCCUCUACUGUGAAAUGUACAUAUAUGAACACACACACACACACACACACACACUCUCUCUCUCUCUCUCUCACACACACACACACAAUGUGGAACACAAAGACAUAAACAAGGAAUUUUUCUUCUAUUAGCUAUUAAACCAAAGUGGAGCUGUUGGGAAAAAAAAUUCUUCCCCAGAAAACUUCCUUCAAAUUUGAGAACUAAUUAUUGGACCAGAGAGAGUACUGCUCAAAGAAAACAUCUAAUAAGCACUUGCUCAACUGUUGCAAAUGUUGACAACUAAAAUUUAUAAUAAGGUAGCUAUUUAAUUUAUAGUCAUCUCCACAUCUCCUACUAGAGUAAUUCCCUUUUCUUACAAAUUAGAACACUGUAAGGAAAAGUCCAGGAGCUACAGCAACAGGGACAAAUUGCCAUUCUGGAUUUUCCAUGAUUCCCAGCUUUUCAGAGAACUGGCAGUAGGAACUUUGAGGGAAAAUGAAUUUUAAGGCCAGAGUUAUUCUUUCUUCCUACUCCCAACUCAUUAGCUUAGAAAUUGUAAAGAUGUUGGAGAUCUCAGCUAAAUGUUCACCACUCUGCCCUUCCCACCCAGCUUCCCAGUUCUAUCCAGCCAGAUAACCCAUGUGAACCUGAGUUAGACUAAACCCUAUGGAAACUAUCCCAGAAGCAAUCAUCACUUGGAGGCAGCAAGGAGUUGCCCUAUAUCAGUUCCCAACUUGUAAGUUUACCAAUCUCUAGGAGGUCUCUCUAAUUAUGUGCUAACAAAUAGUUUUCCUCCCUCUAAUUUUUUUAUUUAUUUUUUAUUUUUUUUAAAGAUUUUAUUUAUUCAUUUGAGAGAGACAGAGAGCACAAGCAGGGGGAGAGGCAGAGGGAAAAACAGACUCUCUGCUGAGCCGGGAGCCCAAUGUGGGGCUCAAUCACAGAACCUGGAGACCACGACCUGAGCCAAAGGCAGACACUUAACAUUUGAGCCACCAGGCGCCCCUCUAAUUUCAACUUAUAGUGGACAAAGGGAAGAUAAAGAAGGAAAGACAUUCAUGAAUAAGAAAAUAUUCUGUUGGGGCACCUGGAUGGCUCAGUCAGUUAAGCCUCCAACUCUUGACUUUGGCUCAGGUCAUGACCUUGGGGUUGUGAGAU